AACAUCGGCAAGAUCUUCAACAACUGUGAAAGGCAGGAAGGAGGAAGGAAGAACAUCGUGGAAAGAGGAGUUUAACAUCAGCCAACCGGCCCCUUUACCAUCAUGGCUGAAGCUGAACAACAACAGCAACAACCAGCAGCGGAACCGCCGAAAGCCAAUAAACAGAAAGAAGUGAUCGCCAGCAAAGUAACUGGAACUGUGAAAUGGUUCAACGUUAAGAGCGGUUACGGGUUUAUCAACCGAAACGACACCAAGGAAGAUGUUUUUGUACACCAAUCGGCCAUUAUCAAGAACAACCCUAAGAAAGCCGUCCGUUCGGUCGGCGACGGCGAGAUUGUCGAAUUCAGCGUCGUCGUCGGCGAGAAGGGCAACGAGGCAGCGAACGUGACCGGCCCGAACGGGGAGCCGGUCCGAGGUUCGCCGUACGCGGCCGAUCGCCGCAGAGGCUACCGCCAGUGGUACUACACUAGGGGACGCGGCGGUCCAAGGCCGCGCCGCGGACCGCCACGCGAGAGCCAGAGCGAGGGCGAGGGCAAGGACGGCACGGCGUCGGGCGGCGAAGGAGGCGGCAGCAACGGACCGCCGCGCCGGUAUAGGCCGAGGCGCGGGCGCGGAGGCUACGUUGGCGGCUACUAUAGAGGACCGUACCGCGGCCCCCCGCCAGGUAGCGAUCAGGACCAGAACGGAGAUGCGCCGAGAGGGCGCGGGCCCCCGAGGAGAUUCUUCCGCAGGAACUUCCGUGGCGGAAGAGGCGGCGGAAGGCGACCACAGUCUCAGGACAGCCAGGGCCAGGCUGGAGAACAGGUUGGUCAGGAUGGACCCCGUGGACAACAACGUCCCCGCUACCGUAGACGCGGACCACCACGUCCACGUGGCGGAAACUCCCAGUCCGAGUCCGGAAACAACAAGCCAACAGAAGCAGCUGGACCGGUAAAGACUGAAGAGAGUCAGCCAGUGCAGAACACCACCACCGAAAGCACGGCUUAGCGUUGUCGCGCUCAAGUCCACCAUUCUUACUAUAACCAUACUAUGUUAACAACUUAUUAGCGCGUGAGUUUUUAAGCAGACAAAGGCAUUUCAUUACGGUUUAAUUUGUGUGUACAUCAAGUUUUAAUUCCUUCAGAACUGCGUCUUUCCGAGUUUGGCGCCGAAGCUUUCCAGACGGUUGGAACGUCUACAUUUUUGAUACUUUUUAUAUAUUUCUCAAUUGAUGUUUAUAUAAAAAAACUUGAAAAAAAUCAAUAAUUUGUGAAGUGUUUACAUAAACAACCCGAUUGAAAGCGGCGACAAACUGUAAUUAUUGUUUAUUGAGUCAUUCGAUACGUUUUUGAAAUGUCUUAAGACCUUAUGUCUUGCUGCGAAAUAAUUUUUUCCCUCAUAACAAAUAACAAAAAAAUGCCACACAAAAAAAAUACAACGUUCGCUCCUACAAACAGCAACUAUGGGUGAACGUUGUACCAAAAAAAUAUGAUUGCAACUUGUCUUUUCCCCGGUUGCAAACAAGGGAAAAGGAAUUUAUAAGUGAAAAAAUUACAAAAAAAUUCGAAAAAGACAAAAAGGGACGGUUUAUUUCUCAAGUACUUUUUUCGUAGGGUUUUUUUUAUAUAUUUAUAUAUGGAUGAAUUGUAAAGUUUUUAUUUAUUUUGGUAAAUUCGUCGGUAUUUUUGGGUGCUAGUCAUGUAAGUAAUUUGCUGUGAAAUACUUUGAAGAACUUCAGGCUUUACAACAUUUCUAAUGUAAUGAAUUGCAGCUUAUGUUGUUUAUAAGAUCUUUUUGUACAUAUUGAUUUAACGAGCAGUUGUAAAAUGGGAAAUAAAUGCUGUUCUUGAAA